AGUAUUUCCCGCCCACUGGCCCACAUUCUACGAAACCCAGAUUCAUAUUCGCCAGUCGCCGGCCAAGUGUAGCAGGGUGGAAAGAAACGGCGUCAGGUGACACCUCUCAUCCAGUCCUUCAGUCUUCCAGUUCAUUCCUUAUUCCGGCAUCCAAAGUUGCAAUGAGCACAGAGGAGUUGUCCAAGAAAAAUUCCCACCCUGAGUUAGUGAAGUUGAAUUCAGCAUUUAAGUUGGCCGAAAAAUGGGUUAGUAACAUGACUAGAACUACAGACGAAAAAUCAACUCGAGUUGUCUUAGAGGCUCGACCUCCUGGGCUUGGAAUUGGUGCGGUGGUUCCUCGUCAACAGAAAGUUGGAUUGUCAAAUGAUCCGGUUGAAAGAAAAUUACAUGCUCAAUUAGACGCACAAAAGCGGAAAUUUGCAAAAAUGGCUGAGGAAUCUCAACCCGCAAAUAAAGAUGAUGAGAGUAGUGAUGAAGAUGAUGAACCUCAAAGCAGAACUCAAGCAUUUGUUAAAAAGAAAAUGACGAUUUUGCCCUCGUCAAGUCAAAAAAACUAGUAAAUGUAAUCUUUUUUUUUGUAUUACAUCUCUUUUAAUAUACUAUCAAAUUGAAUGCA